CUCGAGAGCGAGAGACCCUUACCCUUUGACCUGAUGUACCCAUCCUCUCUUUCCACUCAGUAUCUCUUUCUUUCUUUUGGUGCUUACCUGAGAGUGUUUGUAUAGCGUGCAAGAGAUGUCUGUUGGUAAGUUCGUCUUUAAAAUUGGGCCAAAUCGAGGGAAGCGUAGUCGGCAAAGCUGAUGCGAGGGAACACACCUUGUCGCGACCCUUUCCCUUGAUUGAGGCUGCGCAAACCUGCGUAUUCAAAGUUGAUCGUCUUUUGUUACAGAACAGUCCACGCUGCUUUCAUCUUCCAUCGAGGAUCGUCAAGAUUCCUCCGCUCACGAAGUUACCAUGGAGGAGACUACCGUGGCGACAAGCCUGAUCCACCAGAACACCCCGCCCUCCAGCGCAAGCGCACCUGAAAUACAUUUCACUCAGUCUGGUUCGCUCCCUUUGGUCACUCCUUCACCGUCACUAGACACAGCGCUAGCGCAGUCUCCCGGCAAUGGCUCAUUCGAUAAUCUGUCCAACAUGGGAGACGCUGCAUCGUACACCGAAACUAUAAUCGAAGCUCUCAGAAGCAAGGAUAGACUCUACGUCCUCAAGCUUGGGGAGAUGAUUGAAAAUCUCAUUACUGAGCGCAGGACUAGAAUUGAACUGAAUCCAGCCACUUCGUAUCAGCGGAUGCUGGUUCAUCGAUGUUCAUCUUACUACAACGUAUCUCCGGAGACCGACUCCACCACGAAAAUGAUCUUUGUUUCCUACCGAGCAGAAAGUCGGAUUCCUGUGCGACGUAUCAGUGAACUUGUUCCCGCAGAAGAGUCUGCGCAGCCUGCAUUCAAAAUAAUGCGGAGGGGUGCCCAAGAACGCUCGAGGGGCCGGCACAAUUCGCAUCCUGAUUCCGUUAUUGGCGAGGAUGCUGAUAUGUCAGAUGUAGAGCCAUCUGAAACUGGGAGUAUCAGUGCACGCAGUAACGCUACAGGCAGCAGUAGAAAGCACUUGACCAUAGAGGAGCGGGAAGCUGCAUACAACGAAGCCCGCUUGCGUAUCUUCAAAGAUCUCGAAGAGAAGGAGAAAGCAAAAGAUAAAGAUAUGAGUGCCAAUUCCUCUACCAUCAGCCUUGUUUCCGGCUCUGCCUCCACUAGUGGGGGACGAAGUAGCAUGGGUGACAUGGAUGACUCUGCAAGCUCUGCGGCGACCGAGAGUGAAUGGUCAGGUCCCGCCGCGCGUGACAAACGAGACAGUCGGAGGGGUGGGUCUGCUGCCUCAUCGUCUCGCUCGUACAAUCAUCCGAAUGGCUCCAAUAGUUCCCGCAAUUCUCGCGCGACUUCACCGUCUUAUCCUACCGUAUAUGAAGGUCCCACUUCUCCGCCUUUCGACCCGACAUACAGCGCGCAAGGGCCGCCACAUGGCUAUAUACAGUACUACUACCCUCAAUAUCCUCCUGUUGGCCAGCCGGGGCACUAUGUGCCUCCAUAUCCGUAUUAUCCGCCGUACAGUGGCUACCCAGCGUCGCAUCCACAAUCACCACCGCACCAUUCAGACCCGACUAGUCCGUCAGGUACCGAAGGCAUGUAUCCUCCACCCCCAAUGGUAUAUCCCGGCCAGUACUGGUCUCCCCCUCUACAAUCGCCUCCUCACGUCCCUCAGGGUUCUGGACCAACUCAUUCACACCAUUCUGGCCCUCCUCCAUUGCAACAUUCCAGCUCUUCACAGGGCCAUCCUGUACCGCAAAAUACGCAGUACGUGUACACGACUCCCGGUCCUUAUUCGUCCUACACUAUGCCCGGAUACUAUCCACCUCCCCCGCCGUUCCAGCCUGGGCAGCAAAUGUACCCACCACCGCCUCAGAUGCCUGGCCAACCAUACUACACUGAGAUGGUAACACCUCCGGAAUCUAUGGGACCUCCUGCUAUGAAUGGACACAACAUUGAUAGUAUGAACAUGAGUCGUACCUCAUCAAGAAAUAGCAAUGGCCAUACGAAUGGUAUGGGCAGACGUGGUGCGCCUAGGACACGACAGUCCUGGAGUUAUGGUCCUGGCCCUGCUCCGAGCGGAAUCAACUAUGGCUCAGGCGGACAGGACAUUGUUGGACCCCGCUUGAGCACCAGGAGACCGUCGGGAGCGUCGACAGGGAGCGGGAGUGGGAGUGCCGGGAAUAGGACUCCUGGUGAUGAGACUUCUUCUACAACAUCUUCUUCUACCACGUCAUCCUCUUCACAACGGACAUUCACAUCAACUUCAUCGAAGCAUCCUCUACCUGCAAGGCCCGAUUGGGCUGUCGGUAUCCGGGUCCCAAACCCACCUCAUCACCACAAUAAUCCUCAUUCUCGCACAAUGUCUCCCGCUCGUAUGGGUGGUCAGCAUGGUACUCACCAUCAUCACCUGCAGCGGCAGCAACCAACCCUUCAAGCCACCGACUUUCCACCAUUGUCAUCUGCACCAGAGAAGAAGACUGUGCCAGUAGCCAGUGGCGCUUGGACGAAUGCACCUAGCACGCGUUCGAUUAUAACAUCAGUCAAUCCAGCUGCUUCCGGAAGUGCUUUGGUGCACUACCCCAAUGUUAAUGCCAAUCCCUCCGGCAAUCAACCUUCUGGCGUUGCUCCUGGAACUAAUGGGAUGGAGCCAGGAUUCGAGAGACCUGCUCCUCGCGGAAAUGUGGAGCUUUUCAACCCGAAAGCCACGCCGAAGAAGACACCGCCUAGCUGGGGGAGUCCGAACGUAGGCACGCCAGAAGAGAUGACGAAGGAGGCAGGAAAGGAUUCCUCCGAUGGAAAUGCCGACAGUGCAGUGGGCGAUUCCACGAUCACUGACAAGUUGGCCGGACUUGCAUUGGAGGAUCAACCAAGCCCAGAUUUUCAGGCAGAGUUGGAAAGGCCACCCGCCGCAGAUGCACCUACCGAGGCUAGCAAUGGCACUUCGUCAUAGUCGCCAUAGAGGACAUUCGUACUCAUUCCGCACUGUCACCCGUUGUUGUUCGUGCCCUAUUGCUGUCGGUUGCUAUUCAUCUGGCUGUCACGUCUGUAGUCGUUGUGGUUGUCGUAACUCAUAUCGCAAAGUUUCAUCACCCUACCGUGUAUUACUACGUACACCGAGGGCAGUUUACUCAUUUGCUGUGCAUUCUCUUACAUGUUGUAUUUGCAUAUCGAUUUCUCUUGAAGAUUCUUUCAUUAUAUAUUAGAUCGGAAUUCGUCAUAAUGGUAAUAGGAAUUUGAGUGACUUCAAUCCAGGACUUAGUGCGUCCAGCGC